AGGAGGAGCAGGAGGAGGAGGAGGAGGAGGAGGAGGAGGAGGAGGAGGAGGAGGAGGAGGACCUGGAGGAGGUGGAAAUCAAGCACCAAACUCGCCAGGAAAUCAGAAUGGGAACAAUAUUUGGUGGCAUCCUUACAGUCCACCUGUUAUUACGGAUCUACAUCAAAGGAUUUCAAACAAAAUGUUCAAUGUAGGAAGACCUAAAAAGCCUCAAAUGGGAGAAGGACAAAGAAGAACUCCAAGAGUUGAUGUUUCAAUGGUCAAAUAUUUCUUCAGCUCUUUUGAUGCAACAGGCAGUGGGGAUAUCAACAUGUAUAAAAGUAAACUAGAGGAGUUUCGCCGAGAAGAGAUAACAUUUAUCACCAUCGUUCUGAUUGACGAGUAUAGGCAAUUCCUUCUGAUAUUCUGCCAGGGGUUUUCUGGAGACGUUUCACAACCAUAUGAGGUGAUGAAUUACCUGGUGGAUAACUACUUCGUACAAGAGGCAGCCUACAUUUCUGUUGCGUUCUAUUUCAUCUUCAAGAAAGUGGCACAAAACACAGCAUUGGACAUCUCAGCGGCUCAGACGUUUGUCUCAUCCUACCAGUUCCAAGGAAGUGGAGAUACAUCAACUGCAGCCGGAGGAAAUGGAGGAGGUGGAGGAGAAGGGGAAGAAGGAGUUUUACAUUGUGAAGAAUUUUUUCUCAUCUUUUCAGGGAAGUGGAGAUACAUCAACUGCAGCCGGAGGAAAUGGAGGAGGUGUGGAGGAGGUGAAGGAGGAGGAGGAGGAGUUGGAGGUGUUGGAGGAAGUGAAGGAGGAGGAGGAGUGGUGGUGUUGGGGGAGAUGUAG